GGCAGAUGUACAGGGAGAGAUGUAGACGGAGUGAAUAGAAGAAUGAGAGUGUGACAGAGAGAGUGACAGGUGAGACAGAAAGACAUAGAGUGAACAAACGAACAGGAGUGACAGUGACAGAACCAGUCAGAGAAACAGUAUAUGAGUGAUAGAGGAAGUUAGCCUGAUAUUUGUGUUAGUUUGUUUAGAAGGAUGAGUGAAGCCGGAAGCAUCUUAACCCUGGAAGACAUCCCUGAAGGAAGGUUGGAGAAAAAGGGCUCCAUCAAGAAGAAGAUAGAGAAGUUGAGGAGAUGGAGCUCAUGCAGCAUAAAGAGGCCUUCUAAGAAGACUAAGACCAGAAGUCUGUCCUCCGCUACAGAGGCACCAGAGGAGACCUGGGGGCUCAAGACCCCCGAGAGGAGGAGGCUCAAACCCAUCAUCGCCUCCGUCUUCGGACAGGACAGAGACCUACGGCCAGAAGAGAUUGAAGAGCUGAAGGAGGCGUUCGGGGAGUUUGAUAAGGAUAAAGAUGGCUACAUCAGCUGUAAGGAACUGGGAGAGUGCAUGAGGACUAUGGGGUACAUGCCCACUGAGAUGGAGCUCAUCGAACUCAGUCAGAACAUCUGUGGCGGCAGAGUGGACUUUGAGGACUUUGUGGAGCUGAUGGGUCCUAAGAUGUUGGCAGAGACAGCAGACAUGAUAGGAGUGAAGGAGCUCAGGGAUGCUUUCAAAGAAUUUGACUCUAACGGGGACGGUCAGAUAAGCCUGGCUGAACUGAAGGAGGCCAUGAAAAAGCUGGUGGGGGAGCAGCUCAACCAACCAGAGAUUGACGAGAUCCUCCGAGAUGUCGACCUCAACGGGGACGGCCUGCUCGACUUCGAGGAGUUUGUCAGGAUGAUGUCUCGCUGAAUCUCCUGGCCAGAAGACUGUGAUGACAUGACUUUAAGAGACUAGUAAACAACAAAACCUCCUCU